CAGGAGAACACGCUUAGAAAAGAGUGCAAAUAUUUUCAGAAAAAUAAUUAUUUAUGUGACAGAAUUUGAGCCUUUGAACAGAUUUAGAAAAUAUACUUAUUUGCUUCUGCAAUUUUGGGAACUUGGGUAAACUGGAAGAUAACUUCAGUAUUUUUCUACCUGGACCCUAGUUUCCUAUGUGUUUGUGUCUAACUAGUGACUGAUGGGAGCAACACUCUUUGACAUCGGUCCAGUAUUGAGCAAGACAAAACAAGCUGCAAUCUUACGUUAUGGGCAUUAUUUUGAGACUGCUGCUGCUGCUGCUGCUGCUGCAGGAUGUGAGAGAACCACAACACGAAACCAACCGAAAUAAAACUGAAGAGGCCACGAAGACAUCUGAGCAGGGACGAGUUUGAAGAUCGGAGGAAGACUUAGCUCGGCUUCACACAAACAUGGCUCUGUUCUUCUCCGGGGCCGUUACAAGUUCUCCAAUAAAACGAAGGUUGCGGGCCAAUGACUCCUGUCAGAGCCUGGACCUGUCUCUCCUCUCUCCCGACUCCUCGUACGUCUGUUACUCGUCGGCCGACGGCGGCGACCCGGCCUCGUGCCGUCGCUCGCCGCGUCUCCUUACCAACGGUUACUACGACGUCACCGAGGACAGCUUCUCCUGGGACGACCACGGCAACGUGUCGCUCACGCCCUGCACAACCAGCGUGUCCUACAAGGAGAACCUCGUCAGGGUUUUCCGACGGCGCCGGCGACAGCGGCCUGGCGGCGCCCUGGCUCGCCUGCUGAGCGACGUGACGGAGAGCUGCCAGUCCUGGCUGGACCAGAAGGUCUUCGGAGGCGUGUUCAGGACGGGACAGAACCGGGAUCAGGACCAGGACCAGGACCAGGAUUGGACCGGGACGGGCCAGGAAAGCCCCGCCCCGCUGGACGAGUCUUCCUGGUUCAACAGCACCGAGCUGGACGACAGCCGCGGCUUCACUUACGACCACACUGAGAUCCCGCCCCCUCCCGACAAAGAGGCCCCGCCCCCGACGCUGCUCAUCCAGGAGGAGAUUUGUUCUGAGAUCUGUCAGUCGACGGAGCGGUUCACCCAAUCGCUGGGCGGCCUCUCUGAAGUCCCGCCUCCCUCACCCUUCUACACCAACAGCUGCUGCCAGACCUCGCCUGAGCCCGCAGGGUUAACGAUGAAGACCCUUCUCCUUUUCAUCUUCGCCAUCUUCAUCUUCACCGCUCUAUACUCAGGGUGUGUCUUGUGGAGCGCCAGCGUCACAUCCACCGUGUUCAUGACGAUCUCAACAUGUAUGCUUCUGACCAAGUCGGGCCCGAUGGGCGAGUGGAGGAGGGCGAAGACGGAGGAUAUCACAUCGAGAAACGAGUGAGAGAAGCGACAGUCUCCAAGAGUCUGCGAACGUGAAACUGGAAGAGUGACAGAAAAGCUCUGACGGGACUCGGUAGAAAUAUCUCUCUAACUGUGUUUGCAUGUAAGUUGCACUUAAAGUCACGCUGAGCUCCCGAAAUCGCUUUACAGCAACACCUGUCGGACGCUUUGACUGCAAAUGGAAACUCUCUGAAUGUAAAUCGAUCUCUAAAUAUGUGUUUUUGCGCCGACAAGACGGGCUGAAGUUUUUAAAACAGUUUGAAAUUGAAUUAAAGACACAUUUUCAACAUUUUAGCUUUAAAUUCGAAGCAAAAAUGGCAGAAAGAUCGACAUUUUUAUAAGUAUAAAAAGUUUAAAAGCAGAAUCAGACAGCGUGUUUGUUGUUAGAAAGCUGAAGGAGCUCAUUAACAAGGUGACUUAAGUUACUGUAGUUUAGCUAGAAAAGUAUCCAUAUCAAAUAUAUAAAACAUCCAAAUGUAA